AUGAAUGUGAACACAAACAAUAAUUUCCCCAAGAAUGUGAGCCACAUUUAUGAUGGAGACAGGUUCGAAGACCUGGAGAUUGAAAAUUCCGAGGAUGUUUUGCUUGGAAUCGACGACAUUCUGGAGAACUACGAAAUAGAAAUUGUGAAUCCUCUGAGGAGUGACAAGAAACUUCUUGUUCUCGACGUAGAUUACACGCUGACUUGUUACGACGGAACUCCUCGGGAUUUCCUAGACGAGAUGUUGAAGAUUAUCUACGAGAAUUACGACAUCGUCCUGUGGUCAGCGAUGACCAGAGAAUUCGCGGAAAAUAGAAUCAAAUCACUGAAACUGCGCGGAAACCCGAAUUACAAAAUUGCGUUCUGUCUCGAGAGAGACGCUAUGGUUCCCGUCUUCAGUUGGAAGUUCGAUGAUUACGUAUACGUGAAGGCUCUGGAGUUGAUCUGGAAGAAGUUCCCGAGGUAUUCCGUCAAGAAUACAAUAAUAUUUGACGAUAAUUGGCGGAACUACGCCCUGAACAAGACGGCGGGGCUGAGUACGACGAGACAUCGAGAGGUUUCUUGUUCGAACGUCAGAAGUGAAUUGAUGAGAGUCGCUGAAUAUCUGACUUUGAUUUCGAAACUCAUCAAUCUGGAUAUAUUCGAUCAUAACCAUUGGAUGUCGAACCAAGUUAUGAUAAGCAAGCAGAAUAUCAAAUCGUUUGAGAGAGCCACCACCCUCGAAGAUGAGGUGACCAUGAGUGCUCUCUCCCCCGACCCUCACAUCACCCUCCACCUCCUCUCCUCCACCCCAAUCCCCGAGCUACCCUACCACGGAGGAGAGCGUCAAACCGGUCGAAGGAUCUCCAAAACCCUGACAUUCAUCGAGAAAGACAAGUCGAAGAAUGAAAUUUCUCUGCUCGACCUCGUCACCCCCGAGGUCUACACCGCCGAGAUGGCAAAAAAAACCGCAACAUGGGACAUCGAAGUUCUGAAUCCCCUGAGGGACGGAAAGAAGCUCCUCAUUCUCGAUCUCGGCUACACCCUCUGCGACCCCGACGUCCCGUCAUUUCCCUCCGUCAAAGCGAGACGUCCGCAUUUGUCCCAGUUGCUGACCCGAGCUUAUCGUCACUACGACAUCGUCAUCUGGUCCGACAUGACCAGAGAGGAUUCAUCGGAGGCUCUUCGAGAAAUGGGGAUAAUCGACGAUGAAAACUACAAAAUCGCUUUUCACCUGACCGUCCAGGAGAUGAUGAUAGUGACGACUUCGCAGUCCGGGUCUGUUCACCUGAAGCCUCUGGAGUUCGUCUGGGGAAAGUUCCCGAGAUUCUCGCCCAGAAAUACAGUUAUAAUCGACGACAACAAAUGGUACUUCGCACUUAAUCAUCAGUCCGGCUGCGAGGUGAUGCCGUACAAAGCGCGGAACGAACAGUUGGACGUGGAACUGGAGUUCCUGGCGAGUUAUCUUGAGUGGAUAGCAUUCUUCGAGAAUUUUCAGAAUCUCAAUCACAGGCAUUGGAGGUGUCCCAAGAAUGUACUGAUUGCGAAUAACAAGAGGAUUGUCGAUCAGAGACGACGGGUCGACAUCGAAUGGCACCUCAACAAACUCAAGUUCGUUAAUGUUCCUGGGGAUGUCACGGUUGGGGAACUCAAGUAUUUUAUUCAUGAUACCGUUGGAGUGGCGGUUGCCUGUCAAGUACUGCUUUUCAAUGUUCCUGUGGGGUAUAAGUACGAGGGGGGAAGGGUUUUAGAGAGAGAUGUGGGGGGCUCUGAGGCACGCGGCUGGAAGAAACUUUUGGAGAAAAAUCCGUGGAAUGGUAUGGGGUACGGGGAGGCUGGAGGAAAGGCACUUCCGAGAGAUUAA